GAUAAGAUGGCGGCCGGGGAAGCGACUGGGCACAGCUACCUGGUGGCUUGCUGGCAGCCCAUUCUGAUCCUGAUGUUGGGCGUUGUGCUGUCUGGCUCCACUACAGGCUGUCCGUCUCGCUGCGAGUGCAAUGUUCAAGAGCGUUCCGUGAUGUGCCACCGCAAGAAGCUCAUGACAGUUCCCGAGGGCAUUCCUGCAGAAACCAAACUGCUGGACCUCAGCAAGAACCGCAUCCGAACCAUCAACCCAGACGAGUUUGCCAACUUUCCCAACCUCGAGCACCUGGAGCUCAGUGAAAACACGAUCUCCACUAUUGAACCUGGAGCGUUCAACAACCUUUACGGCUUGCGGACAAUGGGUCUGCGUAGCAACAAGCUCAAGCUGAUCCAGCUCGGUGUCUUCACUGGCCUGAGCAACCUCACACAGCUGGACAUAAGUGAGAACAAGAUUGUCAUCCUGUUGGACUACAUGUUCCAGGAUUUGUACAACCUGCGAUCUUUAGAGGUGGGUGAUAACGACCUGGUUUUCAUCUCUCACCGGGCUUUUCAUGGCCUAAGUAGCCUUGAGCACCUGAGUCUUGAGAAGUGCAACUUGUCCUUUGUGCCAACAGAGGCCUUUACCCACCUCCACAGUUUGAUCACGCUCAGGCUCCGCCUCCUCAAUAUAAACGUCAUACGGGAUUAUUCCUUCAAAAGGCUCUAUCGACUGAAAGUGUUGGAAAUAGCCAAUUGGCCAUAUCUGGAUACGAUGACCCCAAAUUGCUUAUAUGGAUUAAAUCUCACCUCCCUGACCAUCGCAAAUGCCAACCUGACCACAAUUCCUUACGUAGCCUUGCGGCACUUGGUUUAUUUGCGCUUUCUUAAUGUUUCAUACAACCCUAUCCUAACCAUUGAAGGGAAUAAGCUCCAUGAUCUUUUGCGUCUGCAAGAAUUUCAUCUGGUAGGAGGAAGACUGGCAAUGAUUGAACCCUACUCUUUCCGUGGUUUAAACUACCUGAAGAUUCUUAAUGUGUCUGGAAACUCCCUUAGCACUUUAGAGGAGUCUGCUUUCCAUUCAGUUGGCAACCUUGAAACCCUUGCCUUGUAUGAUAAUCCCCUGGCCUGUGACUGCCGACUGUUAUGGGUUUUCCGGCGACGCUGGAGACUGAACUUCAACAGGCAGCAGCCUACCUGUGCCUCCCCUGAGUUUGUCCAAGGUAAAGAAUUCAAAGACUUCCCGGAUGUCCUGCAGCCAAACUACUUCACCUGUCGCAAGUCUAGGAUUAGAGAUCGCAAACCCCAGCAGAAAUUUGUUGACGAGGGAGCCAUUGUUCAUUUCGCUUGCCAAGCAGAUGGAGAUCCCGCCCCAUUGAUAAUGUGGCUAUCCCCACAGAAAAAGUUUAUCACCACCAAGACAAUUGGAAGGCUCUCCGUCUUGCCAGAUGGCACCCUUGAGGUUCGCUAUGCCCAGAUUCAAGACAAUGGUACAUAUGUGUGUGUAGCUAGCAACGCAGGAGGAAACGACACCUCCCUUGCUCAUCUGCACAUUCAUAGCUACUCGCCUGACUGGCCACACCAGCCCAACAAGACCUUUGCCUUCAUCUCAAACCAGCCCACAGAAACUGGCGCUAACGGUACAAGAGCCAAUGCCCCUUUCCCCUUUGAUAUAAAGACGUUGAUCAUUGCAACCACGAUGGGCUUCAUCUCUUUCCUCGGCGUCGUCUUGUUUUGCCUGGUCCUGCUCUUCCUCUGGAGCAGAGGUAAAGGCAACACCAAGCACAACAUCGAGAUCGAGUACGUGCCACGGAAAUCGGACGCUGGCAUGAGCAGCAGCACAGUGGAUGCGCCUCGCAAGUUUAACAUGAAAAUGAUUUAA